UGUCACUCCUCGUUUGCUAUUCACUUGAUAUCAAUCGCUCGAAUAUCUACAACUCGUCUUGGCUCAUCCAGCUGAACAAUCUCACAGGAUGACACUCUACUACACUCUCUGCUUUGGUCUGCUCAUGUCUGAGCUUUUGCUCUUCACGACGAUCAUCUGUCCCAUGCCAUUUGCCAUGAGAAAGAAAAUGUUUCAUUUCCUCAGCGAAAACCCAGUAGUCGCCAAGGUGCAAUAUGCUUUGAAAAUCACAUUCAUAUUCGUCGCGGUCCUCUUUAUCGAUGCACUGCAAAGAAUGGUCAGAAUCGCUCAGGAGGGAGCCGGCGCCAAGAUGAAGAAUGAGAUGCCAGACGUCAGAACAGAAACGAACUACGCCGCUAGGAAAUUCUACGCUCAGAGAAAUCUGUACUUGACCGGUGCCACCCUUUUCCUCUCCCUCAUCCUCUCUCGAGUCUUCUACAUUAUCCUCGACUUCAUCCACGUCCAAGAAAACUAUUCUACUCUUCAACAACGUACUGCCAAAGCGAGUGGUGCGGCGGGAGAGAGCGAAGAGCUCAGGAAGAGAAUCAAGGAGCUUGAAGCUCAGGUCGAGAGUGGAAAGGCUCAAGGCCGAGAUUUUGACAACCUCAAGAAACAGGCUGCUCAGCAGAACGCAGAGUACAACCGACUAGCUGAUGAGCACGCAAAGGCGACCGGCUCAACCUCUAAUAAGAAACACGACUAGAUAGACGAUCAUAUUUA